AUGGAUCCUAAUCUAGGACAAAAUCAAGGUUUUAAUGAUAUUGGUAGAGAAAAUGCUGUACAUGGAGAGCUUUAUUUCAAUACUUAUGGUGGUAUUGGUGAGUAUUGCAAUGAUAACAAAGAUGGAGCUCAGAGUAGCCAACCAGGUUGCGGACAUUAA